AUAGAUUUGAGCCCUGGUGAUUUAUUGUACUACGGGGGUGUAGAAUGGUUAAACAUCUCAGACUUCCUAGGCAAAAUCAAAAAAGGUCUGGAGUUGCACGCCAUGUGUUUUGUUUUCAAAACUGCUGUUGUUUUCCUUUGUAAGGAACGAUUGAGGCAGAAGAAGAAACUGAUGGGAGUUUCGAGCAAGAGCUCUUCAUCCGAAGUAGAAAUAAUUAGGUAUCAGGUGCUGAUUCCAGUAACGGAAGUUCAAGUGAGGGCUUCUUCGGCGAAGGAUAUGGAUUCUCAUUUCCUGUGGGAAUUGAUACACUUAAGAAAUCAAUUACAAAGGAGAUCAGAGAAAGUCUACGUUCUCUCGAAUAGCACUGCCGAUUUCCGAAAUGCCUUCUUGAAAACGAUACGACAAAUCAUAAGAGAAUCUGUUCGAAACAUGUCGAUACCUUCUACAAAACCAGGAACGGGCCCAGGAAUACUUCUAGUCACAGGUCACAAGACAAGUCAUAGCACUAGCCAUACUCUCGAAAGACCAGACAGGGUAAAAACAGUAAUAGUUCAGGGAUCACACACGCUAGGAAAAGUGAAGAAAGUGAGAACCUCUCAAAGACAUUCUGCUGGUAAUAUCGAUUACGACAAUAUAAGCCAAGAAACAGAUGAGCCACCAAGUGGAAGUUUUAGGACUAGAUGUAAAACUGUUGGAGAUGCUGCAGAUCCACUGAAAAGGCCCGACCAUGAUAAAAAUGAUGCGAGUAAUAAAUCAGAGGGAGAAGACGAUUCUCAGACAGGUGUAAUUAAACCAAAAGCUACCUUGGGAAAGACUCCAAAUCAUUUAACUUUAAGUACCACCUCAACUCUAUCCGCUGGUAGUACCGGUAGUCAAGCAAGACUAAUACAAUCCUCCCAUGCUCCAGAAACAUUUCAACCGAUGCACGUAGAAGAACUAGGGUCGCCCAUAUGGAAGCCAAGAGACAGUAGUAUAGAGCCGACCUCUACCACACUCCCGCGCAAGGCCAGAGAUCACAAUAUGGCUGAAUUUAGCGCAUCGCGUAAGUCUCUGAUAGAAACCAGCACAGGCCUGGAGAUACACAAUACGUACAAUCAGCAAUAAGGCCAAGACAAAGAAAGGCUUACGAUAUGGCCUUCUUUUCUGAUAAAAAACCUGACUGUUUGUAUGAUACGGUGUUUGAGUAUAUAGUGCUGUGGGGAGUUUCCGGGGUUUGAGCGGCUUUGCUAAAACGUAUUUUGAAGCCAUUUUUAGUUUUGCUACUCAGAUUACAUGUGCUCUUAUUAAGAAUAUUCACACAGACUAUGACAGAAUCAGAAUCCACGAGUGAAUACACUCAAAAAAACAAAUAAUUUUAUGUUACGCCUAUAAAAACUAUUCAAUAAUUAUGAAAAGUGGAGAAGCAAGAUUGAGAUCAUAUAUUCAGUCAUAUUUACUUUCAUUAUUUCCCCAAAAUUGCAACGUUACCUGUUCCAAAUAUGUUACGAAUACAUAUCAGAACAUCUUCGGAAGUGAUCGGUACUUUUCAGGGAUGGUUUAUUUAUUUGUUUGUAGUUCGCUAAUUUCAGAGGUUUUUCCAACGUUUCAGUUGAUAUUAUCAAAAAUCGUUAAUGGUCCUUCGUUAUGAAAGGUGUCUGAAUUUUUUAUUUCAAUACAAACAAAAACGAGAAGCUUGAUGAUUCGUCGAUGCUACCUUCCUCUUAAAUUUCUCGAUGUUGCUUUCUGAUUUGUGUGGAUGAUAAUAAUCAGGCACAAAGUAGACAGUGAUUGGUUUCCUCAAAAUGUUAUAUAGGUGGUAAUUAAAAUUCAUACUCAUAUUGUUUACUGAUUACUAUCAUUGGAACGGUUGAACUCUUUGGGAACUUCUUAUUUAUAGAUAUUUUCUUGUUUUCCGAUAUGAUGCUGCAUCUCAUUCAAGUGUUUCUCAAUCAAAAAUAAUUUAAUACCUAUCUGAUUUGGAAAUAACGCUGUAAAAACAAUAUUCCAGUUUGUAGCGUUUCUUUUGUCUAUACAGUUUGAUUCUGUUAAUAGCAAAAUGAAUAUAUUUUGUCUAUGGAUUCGUGAUGGUAAUAUUUGGUAUAUGUUCAAAUACAAGUCUGUAUGUUUUAAGUUGCGAUAGAAUAACACAAAAGCGAAACAAAAUCAUCUGAACCACUCAAAUAGAGGAAGUCCCGUCAGCAAAUCGAUAAACUAUGAUAGUAUUUUUCACUAAACAUAGUAUCGAUGACAUUGGAAAAAUAUUGAGAAUACAAAAAAAAAUUUGAAACAUCCAUAGAGUUUUCAAAACACAACCAAUAAUAUCGUCUUCUCUAUGGAAACCUAAAAUAUCGGUGAUCAACUCUAUCAAAAUAUAAAAACAACAUUGAGUUGUUCAAUUCAGCUACUCAAAAGUUGAAAACGAAAUUUGGAAACCAAGGAACAUUAAAAAAAUAUACGCGUGGAAUUCAAGAUGUGAUUGAAUCAUCUUUAUUUUUAUUUUUUUUUUAUUAUUUUUGCACAAAAUCUAUGGUGAAUGAAGUGAUCUCUUCAUACAGAGGACACUAACCAACUUGGUCUAAUGUGAAAAAAAGUAAGUUUCAAGUUCAACUGUAAUUAAAACACUAUUUUACUAUAUCUUUACAAAAUGUAUUCUCUCAUGGAUUCAAAAAUUACACAAUGAAUGGAAUUUGUAGAAAUAGCCUUUUAUAAUAUGAAAUCUGAGUCAGCUUUAUAAAGCUUGAUUAAAAUCAUUACCAAACAAACUGUUCGUUAUUAUUCCUCCAAUUGCAAAAUGAACAAAGACUAUUCAUUCCAAAAAUUUAAAAAAAAAUUCUAUAUUUUUACCAUUUUCAUUCGUAAGUAAUGUUACUGCA